ACGCGCUACACCAACCACCAGAAAAUGGCAGCUGCUUCAGCCACUCCCGUUGCUCCUCCCCUCAACUUCUACUCCCCAAAACACUUCCCCAACUGCAGAACCCAGAGAUUGAAGCUCAAACUAGCCAACAAUCCCACCGCUCAGAGAGUUUCCUUCUUGCCCUCUUCGAUUUCUUGGGCGAAAGCUGGACAGAGAUCAAGAACAGCAUCAGGAAUCAUCAGCCGCGCCUAUGUCUCGGGCCCCGCUUUCGACGCUAUCGUGUCGGAGAGUGAUCCGAAAAUCGACAGUUCUGAGGUUGUGGAGAUGCAGCCCAUUGAUGUGAUAAGAUGGGGGCUGUUGUGGAAGCUUGUUUCGCGGCAUAAAUGGAGAGUCUUGGUCUCGGUUCUCACUCUUUUGGGCUGUACCACUUGUACUCUCGCCAUGCCUAUAUUUUCUGGUAGAUUUUUCGAAGUACUAAUUGGGGCAAGACCAGAACCUAUGUGGCAACUGCUGAGUAAAGUGGGAAUUCUGUAUACGUUGGAGCCCAUUUUUACAAUUAUUUUCGUGAUAAACAUGAAUUGCAUAUGGGAGAAGGUUAUGUCAAGCUUAAGAGCUCAAAUAUUUCAAAGGGUGUUGAUUCAGAAGGUGGAGUUUUUUGACAGGCACAAGGUUGGUGAACUAACUGCUUUAUUGACAACUGAUUUGGGUUCUCUGAAGAACAUUGUGAGUGAAAAUGUAUCACGAGAUCGUGGUUUCAGGGCAAUUUCUGAGGUCAUUGGCACUCUGUGCUUACUCUUUGCUCUUUCCGUCCAGCUGGCACCAGUUUUAGGCCUACUUAUGCUUACAGUAUCUAUACUAGUUGCUAUCUAUAAGAGAACAACUGUAAAUGUCUUCAAAGCUCAUGGAUCUGCCCAAGCCACAAUAGCUGAUUGUGUUACUGAAACUUUCGCUGCUAUACGUACUGUAAGAUCAUUUGGGGGUGAAAAACGCCAAAUGGCUCUCUUUGGUCGACAGGUUCUUGAGUACGAGAGUAGUGGGAUAACACUCGGGAUGUUUAAGUCCAUCAAUGAAUCUCUCACUAGAGUUGCUGUCUAUGUGUCUUUAAUGGCCCUGUAUUGUCUCGGAGGAAGCAAAGUAAAAGCUGGGGAACUUGCAGUUGGAACUAUGGUGUCCUUUAUCGGAUACACUUUUACAUUAACAUUUGCUGUUCAAGGGGUAGUUAACACCUUUGGAGAUCUUCGUGGAGCCUUUGCUGCUGCUGAAAGAAUUAACUCUGUUUUAUCUGGUGCUGAAAUUGAUGAAGCACUAGCUUAUGCUUUAGAAAAAGACUUGAAGAGAAGGAAGUUGCCUGAUCCAAACCUUGAAGCUCUUUUGAUCAACGGUUCCAAUGGGGGAACGCAAACGAAGAGUGGAGGGUACAUGUCUUCCCUAAAAUCUGCUAAUAAUGUGCGUAGCUUGGCACGGUCUGGUGAUAUUCGCCUUGAAGAUGUUCAUUUCUCAUAUCCUUUAAGACCUGAUGUAGAAAUCCUGCAAGGUCUUGAUCUGACAUUAAAAUGUGGAACUGUUACUGCUCUUGUUGGUCCAAGUGGUGCCGGCAAAAGUACAGUAGUUCAGCUGUUAGCUCGGUUUUAUGAGCCAACCAGAGGUCGCAUAACCGUUGCUGGAGAGGAUCUACGGUCAUUUGAUAAGAGUGAAUGGGCUCGGGUGGUUUCCAUAGUGAAUCAAGAACCUGUUCUUUUCUCUGUUUCUGUUGGAGAAAAUAUUGCUUAUGGCCUCCCAGAUGAUUAUGUUUCCAAGGACGAUGUGAUAAAAGCUGCUAAAGCAGCUAAUGCUCAUGAAUUUAUAAUUUCCUUGCCACAGGGUUAUGACACAUUAGUUGGUGAGCGUGGAGGGUUGUUAAGUGGAGGACAGAGGCAGAGAAUUGCCAUCGCAAGGGCUCUUCUCAAGAAUGCUCCAAUCUUGAUUCUUGAUGAGGCUACCAGUGCUCUGGAUACAGUCAGUGAACGUCUGGUUCAAGACGCUUUGAAUCGUCUAAUGAAGGGAAGAACAACUCUGGUGAUUGCUCAUAGACUAAGUACGGUUCAGAAUGCCGAUCAGAUUGCUCUAUGCUCUGAUGGGAAGAUUUCAGAGCUAGGAACUCACUCGGAGUUGUUAGAAAAGAAGGGUCUAUACGCUUCUUUCGUUGGCACCCAAAGACUUGCAUUUGAGUGACAAUCACCAUAUCCUUCGGUAUCUCAAAAAUCCUAUGCUGCCAUACUGGAUGUAAGUUUUUUUUCUUUUGCCUAUUGCCGACUGAAGAACUGCUAAAGCUUCGAUAUCAACGAGAAUUUGAACCCAUACAGGGAGACAAGGAGUUACCCACAGAGAUUAUUGUUACUGUUGUUUUAGUACUGCAAAGAUUAGACAUAGGAUCUUAGAUGGCAUGGAAGGACCACUUGGUUGGAGAAAUAUUCCAAAUCUUUGUAUCAUUUCAUGAAUAUUGGUACAUGAGUAUUUAUUGAUAUAUAUCUUCUACAUUCAGAUGCUC